AUGACAUAUUUCCUUAUAGAAGUUAAGCAAACACAAAUGGAAGAAGACAUACAUUGUUAUGAUAUAAAUUACUGGUUAUUUGAUGAAGUGUCCAAUAAACUUCGUAUUAAAGAAGAUAAUCCCACUUUUUUUAACAUUAUUGAUAGUAUCCAUAAUGUAUGGGAUGAUAUAAACAAUAAUUUACAGGAUAAGACUAAAAUGUGUCAGCCUGAUUCAACCUUGAUGGACAUACCUGUUUUAAAAGAAUUCAAAUAUUUGUUUGAUUAUGCUGAAGAUAGAUAUGUUCUUAGAGAAGAAGCUCUUAAGGAUACCCCUAACUCAUGUAAACAAUAUUUUAAAUACAUUAAACGUUUUAUCCCGAUAUAUUAUACAAACAAAAGCUUUUGUUCUAAUACUAAUAUUAAUAUCUGUAAUAGAUAUCUUGGCAUCUAUGAAUAUUAUGAUCCAAAACAUUUAUCAAGAUAUAUAAAAUUGUCCAAUCUUCUUGCUGGUUUAAUUUGGUACCCCUGUUAUAGAAAUGUUUUACAUAUAUUCUUAAGCGCGUUAAAACAACCUCAACGUUUAGAAGUAAAGACCAGAACACGACGAACUGUAGAAAAAAAUGUGGAGACUCCUGCUGAAAUAAAUAUGAUCUCUCUUGCAGGUAAAACUAUAUUUAAUAUUAUAUAUUCUUUUCCAUAUUAUUAUAUAAUGUCACCCUUUAUUUUUAUUCUGUUGCCGAUUUUUAUUUUAUUCUUAUUAUAUAAGUUCAUCCCGCAGGGAAAAGCUAUGUUAUGCACACUAGCACGAAUAAGGAAAAAAAUUCGAAAUAAUAUUUCUUAUGAAGAUGUUUCAUUACUAAAUGACAAUUCUAAAUCAUUAUUUAGGGUUAAUUCGGAGGAUAGUUCAUAUAAUCUGCAAUAUCAAUGUUCUUGCUCAGACAGGAAAAAAUUACAUUAA